UGCAUAGCUUCAUAUCUCGAUCGAACGGGCUCUGUUCACAAAUUGCCGCAAGUUUAUUCACAAGGGCGGAAAGAUGAAUAUCCUACAAAUGCGUCAGAUAUCUUUGAGGAUUUCUUUGUUUGGAUGCGCCAUACCGUGUGCCUGUCAGUGUGCUUGAAUAUAGGUAUUGGAGGUCUUCUUUCCCGACUUGCCGCGCUAGAAGCCCCGUUCAUGCUGUUUUGCUGUGAAUUUAUAUCUCUUUGUCUCCGUUCUCAUAUUCUCGUGGUUCCUCCCUCUUACCUCUACCCUCACCUCUCCAGUCCGCCCCCUUUCCUCUUUUCUAAGCCUCAUACACUUGGCGUCGACGGCCAUGAAGCUAUCCAGACGAUUCACCUAUUUACCUGCUUGCUGCUGUUCUUAGUCGUUUAUCCUAGAGGCCCCAAAGAACAUUGCCUGGAUACUCUCGUUCUCGUACUGUGUAUAACCACAGCAUUCUGUAUCUUCUCUUCGUUUGAUUUUCUUCUGGCUUGCAUGCUUGCAGUUUUCUAUGGGUUACAAGUAUGCUCUUGUGUUUUACUGGGGUAGCAUAUACGCGUAUGGGUAUUACUUGAUUUCAAAUGUUCUUCAGCCACCGUAGCUGUGACAUAGAUGACACAGCUUGAACCUUCUUAUUAAGUAGUAUGUAUCAAAUAGUA